UUUUAUUGCAGAGCUCAAACAGUUAUUUAAUGCUUUGUCACCCCACACUAUCUCAUUCACGCCAAAAAUCCUUCUCAUUGCAGAGUUUAUUUGUUCACAGAAAUCUCCCUGAUUCACUACUUCUUCUUCCUCUUCUUCUUCUCGUUUAUUGGUUCAGUUGUCAGAAACUCAUCUGAGUUUGGUGUUUCCUUAUACACGCACCUUAUUUUCCCUUUGCUUUCAGGCUCUGGAUAUGUAACUGAUCUUAGCCUUGCUCUUCAUCUUCAUCUUCAUCUUCUGUGUCUUGUUCUUUCAAAGAGUGAUUUUUGCUAAAUAAUGUAAUAUUCUCUUAAGCAUUGUAGAUUUCUUUUCCGUUUGCUGAAUGCCCUUUUACUCAAAACAGUUUUAAACAGUCCCUUUUAUGAUUUCAAUCAUGGGUUCUCGUUAAUUUUCCUGCAUAAACCUUCCUUGUUCAAUUUCUUCGGUUUCAAACUUCUUGGUGUGUUUUGUGAAUGCCCAUUUGCUUAAUUUUGUUCUAAAUAAUUCCAAAUGCAGUUUUCGAUAAUGGGUUUCCGUUAAUUUUCUCCUCCUUGUUUUUGAAACCUGUAAAGUUUGAAGCUUGAAAGGCAAAGGUGUCAACUUUAGCUAGUAUAUUCUAUCAUGUAAUUGAAUUUUUUAGCAUGUUUCUAUGUUUGGUUGGUCACUAGUGCUGAGUUUUUUGGUGGGAAGUAGUUAAUGAUGAGAAGAAGGAUUUUUUUGAUUUGAGUCAAGAGAGGUGAUGGAUCUAACCUUGUUCAUAAUUGAACGCUAGCCUUGUGAUCUGAACUUAUGGAGGUUUGUUUGUUUCGUUAGCACAGAGCUUCCUAAUCCAAUCCACUAUCAUGAGUUCCCUUCGCUAGUUUCCUUGCUUUGUCUAAGAUAAGGCAUCCAAGCAAUACAAUUCAUUUUUAAUCUAUUCUUUUGUUCUUCAUACCAUAUACACCCAAUUUGUUACAAGUUUUUUUGCAAUGUAAAGUUCUUCCACUGAUAUUAACCAUUCAUUUAAGGACCUCAAAGGGUCUGUUAUACUUAAAGAAUCAAUGGAUUCACAUUCUUCUUUCCCGCCAACCUUCAAAUCUCAAUAUGAUAAAGAAGUCAUUGUUUCUCUGCCAUAGUUUUGUUUACAUAUAUUGACUAUGAAAAUCUAAAACACCUAUAUUGGCCUCUCGAGCUCCUUGGAAUUUGGAUCUUUAUCUUAGAAUCCCCCAAUCAUUUGUUCACCUGUCUACUUGUUUUUUUCCACACAAAGCAAGGAAGAGCUUCCAUCUUCUUGCUAAUGGAAGAAACAUUUGUUCCCUUUCGAGGGAUAAAAAAUGACCUUAGAGGAAGACUUUUAUGCUACAAACAAGACUGGACUGGUGGCCUCCGAGCGGGUAUCAGAAUCUUGGCUCCAACAACCUACAUAUUCUUUGCUUCUGCAAUUCCAGUUAUAUCAUUUGGGGAACAGUUGGAAAGAGAUACAAAUGGAGCUCUAACUGCAGUACAAACUCUUGCCUCAACAGCACUUUGUGGUAUUAUCCACUCAGUUGUAGGAGGACAACCCUUGCUCAUACUAGGGGUGGCUGAGCCCACAGUAUUGAUGUAUACAUUUAUGUUCAACUUUGCCAAGGACAGGAAGGAUUUAGGGCAGGAACUUUUUCUGGCAUGGACAGGAUGGGUGUGUGUGUGGACAUCCCUCUUGCUCUUCUUGCUGGCGAUUUUGGGGGCAUGCUCAAUAAUCAAUAGGUUUACGCGUCUUGCUGGAGAGUUAUUUGGUAUGUUAAUUGCAAUGCUUUUUAUGCAACAGGCGAUAAGGGGAGUUGUUGAAGAGUUUGGUGUACCUGGGAGGGAAAAAUCUAAUCAAACCGUACUGGAACCUUCUUGGAGAUUUGGAAAUGGGAUGUUUGCAUUGGUUUUAUCUUUUGGGCUUCUCCUAACAGCACUAAGAAGCCGUAAAGCUAGAUCGUGGCGCUAUGGUUCUGGUAGGCUACGGGGAUUUAUUGCUGAUUAUGGAGUGCCACUUAUGGUGCUCGUGUGGACUGCGGUAUCUUACAUACCUGUUAAUGAUGUCCCUAAAGGACUCCCAAGACGGCUUUUCAGUCCCAAUCCAUGGUCUCCUGGUGCAUACUCGAAUUGGACUGUCAUAAAGGAGAUGGUGCAAGUUCCUCCAUUAUAUAUAGUUGGAGCAUUCAUACCAGCAACUAUGAUUGCAGUGCUUUACUACUUUGAUCACAGUGUGGCCUCUCAACUUGCUCAACAGGAAGAGUUCAAUUUGAAGAAACCACCUUCAUAUCACUAUGACCUUCUUCUUUUGGGUUUUCUGGUCAUUCUGUGUGGACUUAUUGGCAUUCCUCCCGCCAAUGGAGUUAUACCACAAUCUCCUAUGCAUACAAAAAGUUUAGCUACUCUUAAACAGCAGCUAUUGCGGAAUAAACUUGUAUCAACAGCGCGAACAAGCAUUCGUAAAAAUUUAAAUCUGAGUCAAUUCUACCAAAGUAUGCAAGAGGCUUAUAAUGACAUGCAGACUCCACUAGCCUACCAAACUCCACCAGCCCUGGGGCUUAAAGAACUUAAGGAGUCAACAAUCCAAUUGGCGUCAAGUGCUGGCUACAUUGAUGCUCCUGUUGAUGAAACAGUCUUUGAUGUAGACAAGGAUGUUGAUGAUCUUUUGCCUGUCGAAGUAAAAGAACAGCGUCUCAGCAAUUUGCUCCAGUCAGUCAUGGUUGGUUGUUGUGUAGCUGCUAUGCCUAUUCUGAAGAAGAUUCCAACUUCAGUUCUUUGGGGUUAUUUUGCUUUCAUGGCAAUUGAAAGUUUACCUGGAAACCAAUUUUGGGAGAGAAUAUUGUUGAUGUUCACCGCUCCAAGUCGAAGAUACAAGGUGCUGGAGAACUAUCAUGCAACUUUUGUUGAAACUGUACCCUUCAAAACAAUCGUCACAUUCACCUUAUUCCAGACAGUUUAUUUGCUCGUCUGUUUUGGCAUAACAUGGAUCCCAAUUGCCGGGCUACUUUUCCCAAUGUUCAUUAUGCUUCUUGUCCCGGUGAGGCAAUAUUUUCUCCCUAAGUUUUUCAAAUCAGCUCACCUUCAGGACCUGGAUGCUGCAGAAUAUGAGGAGGCCCCUGCUAUUGCUUUCAAUAUGUCGUACGAAGAUCAGGAUCCACAGGAAAGAAGUACUAACAUUGAUGGUGCAGAAAUACUUGAUGAAAUUAUCACAAGAAGCCGUGGUGAGAUUCGUCGCACCCAGAGUCCAAAAGUUACAAGCUCAACGCCUUCUUCGUUAGAGCAUACAAAACAAGUUUAUAGUCCAAGGCUGUCACAUAGAGUAUACAGCCCACAUCACAGUAAAAUCAGAGGGAUACAAAGCCCUCGAUCGCCCGAAAAGGAAAUUGAAGUAAAACAGACUCCUAGUCCUGGACCAUCAAUACUAGGAAAGAGCUGUCCUGGUUCUUCUUCAAGCCAAAUACUGUAAAUUUAUGAUUCUGGUAAGUUCAGUUGUCGAUGGUUCUCGAGAGGUUCUACAUAUGCAAUUAUGCGUUUCUUCUAGAUCAAUAUGGUUCUUCGCAAUAUUAUAGGCCAUUUGUUAGUGUUACUUUAUGCGUAAUCUCCCUUGUACACUGGGCAGAGGACAAGUUAUAAUAUACUGGAAAAGCUGUAUAUGUACUUUAUUUUUAUAAGCUUUAGUUGGUUUAUAUUGCAACUUUCUUUCAUGGCUACUUAAAGCUGUGUAAAACACUAGUACACUAAUCUAUGAUACUGAAUGUAAACAUAAGGACAACAAUAAUGAAAGACAGAAUGAAGAAAAGUGACUUUUUUUUUUCC